AUGAAUUCUCAGGGCAUCACUCGCAAAAGGCCGGCCCCUGGGACCACCCCGGCGGUACAGCAUCAGCUAGGGAACUACCCAAAUCCCACUCCCAACUCUCAACUAUCCAAUGACCAGUUCCUACAAUGGGGUCAAAACCCUCCUGCAAAUGUCGCCAAUGCCUCCUUUGUCGAUCCGUCCGCCUACAAUUCCGCCGCAUAUGCAUCCAGUCAAGACCUGUCUGGACCUGCAGCCUCUACUUCUAACCAGUUGACCCGCCGACCGCAACCCAACCAGCUGGUCAGCCGGAACCGUGGCUAUGAGCAAGCACCGGCGACCUACUCGGAUAACACUGCUGGAGCAAAUAAUGGAGAGGGCGCAUGGGGAGAAUCAAUCGAAGAACUCUACAAUCGGGCUCUGGCUGCCAAGAGAGAAGCGCAAGCCAAGAGGAAGCAGAUUCCUCCUUUUGUGCAAAAGCUAAGCAGUUUCCUUGAUGGAGCCAAAAACACAGAGCUUAUCCGAUGGUCCGAUGAUGGCAAUUCGUUCAUUGUCUUAGAUGAAGAUGAGUUUGCGCGGCGUUUGAUCCCAGAACUCUUCAAGCACAACAACUAUGCUUCUUUUGUCCGACAGCUCAACAUGUACGGUUUCCAUAAGAAAGUGGGACUGUCAGACAACUCUAUGCGCGCUAGCGAGCGCAAGAACAAAAGCCCCUCCGAAUACUCCAAUCCUUACUUCAAACGAGGUCACCCAGAGCUGCUCUGGUUGAUCUCUAAACCGAAGAAUGCAACCGGCCAUGCCAGCAAGGGAAGCAAGGGAGGCGCACGUGUCAAGACGGAAGAUGCGGACGAUAACGAGCUGGACGACUAUGAAGAAGGGGGAUUUGGUGCUCGCGACGAUCGAGCCCGGCCACGCCCACUAUCCCUUUUGACCGACUCGGAAAUGCCCAAGGACCAGCUUGAAGGAGUUGUUCAGCAAUUGAAGGCCAUUCGUCACCAACAAUCGGUCAUCUCGAGUCACAUCGCCAGUUUGCGCAGAGAACAUGAGCAGCUCUCCGCGCAGGCGGCUACCUUCCAAGACCAACAUACCCGACAUGAAAAUUCGAUCAACGCCAUCCUCACUUUCCUGGCCACAGUGUAUAACCGCAGCUUGCAAGGUCAAGAUGGCUCACAGAACAUCGCCAACUCCUUCGCUGGAGCUAUCUCGAGUGACCACCCAGGUAACAUCGUUGAUGUGGGCGAUGACUUCUCUUUCAGCCCACUGGCCUCCAUGACCAGCCCAACGGGACAGCGGAUGAUGAAGAAACAGCCAUUGCUGCUCAAGGCACCCCCUACUGUGAACGGUGGCAAUCGGGCAACUACACUUUCGCCUGCGGCUAGCGGGACUUAUGAUACUCGGUCCCGCAGCCAUGCUCGCCAGCCCAGUGUUUCUCAGCCGGGACACGUGGAGGAGGUCCUGGAUAGCAGCCCUCGACAAGGCCCGACCAAUGUUUCCGCUGGACAGGUACCGGAUGAGAAAUACCCGCAGAAGGAUAUCAUGUCCGUGAUCCAGAACUCGAAUGCACGCAACGCCAGCCCCACCACCUUCUCCCAAUUCCCCGAUGUGCUCUCUUCGCUUGAGAGGGGAGGCAACGGUCCUCUGACUCCUGGCGUUCGCGCUGACAUGCUUCGAUUGAUGGCGAAUGACACUGGCCACCACAGUGAUUCGCCCGGCUCGAACAAUGCCCUUGUCAUGCCAAACCCGCCGCCCAUGCCACAAGACUACUCGACUCGCCUUUCCAACACCCGCCAAGAGAUUGACAGCCUAGUCAAAUUGCAAGCCGAGCAAGACCGUUCCGUCCAAAACUUGACAAACCUUCUCCAACCCCUGAGCCCAACCGGUGCUAUCCCAGGGCUGGACAAUGACGCCAAUGCCCCGCCUCCAAUUGACCUUGAUCAAAUCUUCAAUAAUGACUACUUUACCGAUCUGGGGGACACCUCGGGUGCUGACCAAAAGCACGACCCUUCCACCCUUGAUUUUGGAACCGGCACCAAUCCACACGAUACCCUUGCUACUACUCAACCCGAUGCCGGUGACACCAACGAUCUUCUGGACUUUGGCCACAUGCCGGGCGAUGACGACCUCUUCAACAGUAAUCAGGGACCGACCAAUUCGUCUUACAACUAUGGCUUCGACGGGACUGGUUACGGCGUGGACGCGGGAUCUGGAAAUUUCGACUCUGGGCGAAUUGUCGAGCAACUGACCGAUAGCGAGGCUACUAGCCCUGCGGCUGGUGAUGAUCCUUCCGUCGAAACGGAAGAUGGCGGCAGCGCUGUUAAGCGGCGCCGCAAGGCCUGA